AUGCCUCCAAAAAGACAGAAACAUAAGGCUGUUUCUUCCAGCAAUGCCAAUGAACCAAGUCAGAAAAAUACCAAAAAGCCACGAUUGAACCCUAGGAAGCCUGCCGCACCUGUGGCAGAAACGGCUCCCUCAUCGGAGUCAGAACCUGGCGUAACCCACAUUGCCAAAGAAUCCCCAGCAUCAGGACCAUCCGAACGCGCCGGAAAACGGGCUGGUGGUGCCAAUACUGUGAACACGAAACGCGAAAAAGUUACCAAGCAAAACACAAAAGGUGUGCAAUCAGCUUCAAAAACGUCGAAACAUCGUGAAUCGAGACCCGCUCUCGCCGCGAACGAUACGAAGACGGAGCCAAAGAACAAAAAGACCAUAGAUGAGACCCAGGAUGAAGAAGACGGCUCGAAAUCAUAUUGGCUUAUGAAAGCAGAACCGGAGUCGAGGAUGGAGAAGGGCGUCGAUGUCAAGUUCUCCAUCGAUGAUUUGCGCGAGGCGAGCGAGCCAGAGGCUUGGGAUGGUGUCCGGAACCCCACAGCCCAGGUUAUUAUUCACUUUGAGACUAAAAAAAAGCGAACCCAUGUAGCACGAAAUAACAUGCGUGCCAUGAAAAAAGGAGAUUUGGCAUUCUUCUAUCAUUCCAACUGCAAGGUUCCCGGAAUUGCUGGAAUUAUGGAAAUUGUUCGGGAACACUCUGUCGACGAAUCCGCAUUCGAUCCCGCACACCCGUAUUACGAUCCAAAAUCCAGCCGUGAAAAUCCUAAGUGGGAGGUUGUCCACGUAGAGUUUAAACGCAAAUUUAAAGAACUUAUCACACUGGCUGAGCUCAAGUCAUUUGCAAAACCUGGCGGACCUCUCGAGAAUAUGCAGAUGAUGAAGCAAUCGCGGCUGAGCGUGUCGGUGGUUGGUGGCAAGGAAUGGGAGUUCAUCAUGGGCUUAGUCGGAGAGGAAUGA